AUGGGGGCAUUGCUUCUUGUGAAGGCACUUAAAAUGAUAUGUGCCUCCGAGGACAAAAUGUAUGUGAGCGAAACUGGUACACCUCAUGGUUGGGAUGUGGCAUUCUACGUUUUUGGAUUCUUCAAGGGCAUAAUGUUAUUCACUGUGAUCGUCCUUAUAGGCACCGGUUGGUCAUUCUUGAAACCAUACCUUCAAGAACGCGAAAAGGAUGUUUUGAUUAUAGUAAUUCCCUUGCAAGUUCUGGAAAACAUAGCUUAUGUUGUUAUCAGUGAAACUGGGCCAGCAACUAAGGAUUGGUUGACCUGGAACCAAAUUUUCUUGUUGAUUGAUAUCAUAUGCUGUUGCGCCGUGUUUUUUCCAAUCAUUUGGUCGAUCCGAAAUCUGAAAGAGGCAUCGAAAUCGGACGGAAAGGCUGCUCGGAACCUACAAAAAUUAACCCUCUUCAAGAAUUUUUACAUUUGUCUGGUGAUGUAUUUGUAUUUCACUAGAGUUGUCGUUUCUUCUAUGGAGGGUAUUUUGGAUUAUAGAUAUGAAGGGUUUACGUAUGUUCUUUCUGAAGGUGCAAGCCUGGCUUUCUAUGUGUUUAUAUUCUAUAAUUUUCAGCCCAUAGAAAGGAACCCAUACUUGGUGAUCGAUGAAGAGGAAGAGCUUUCUGCUGAACAAAUAUUGCAAGAUGAUGACUCCUUUGAACUAUAA